AGAUAACGCUUCAAAUCUGGAAGCCAGCAAUCUGGAAUACGCUGCUGAACGAAUGAAAGCUGUCAAGGAACAAUUGAAGAACGAUUCGUCGUCAAAUGUCAGACCUAUUAAUAUUGAUGCUGCUAUGAGAGAAGAUGAACAAAUAAUAUUAGGAACUAUAUCAGAAACUACAUUGAAAAUUGAAGGUUCCGGAGAAGGAGAAAUCCCAGAAUCCGCUAAUAUUAACCGUAAAAAAGAAAAGAAGAAAAAACGAUCAAAAACUGCAAAAAAUAACAGGGUUGAACCGGCAACUGUAGAAACAAGACCGUACAAGUCAGCCAGCAAUGUAAAAAUUGAACAGGAAGAACCCUGUAGUUCCCCUGAUCCACUUGAACCUUGGAGUACCAAAAAUAUCACAGAUAUGAACACAAUUCUGGCAUGGGAAAGAGAAGAAGACAGUAUUUAAUAUGAAUAUUUAUUUGUUACUUUAAAUUUCAAU